AGACAAUCACACUUGGUCUUUAACAUGUUCAACGUGAUGUCGCUGGACUCGCGCGAACUACGAGUAAAAAGUAUUGAGAAUAAUGGAUGAUUAACGGUCGGCACAUUUUUGUCUUGUGCGAUUACUAACUACAGUAUGCGGCCCCCGUAUAUUUUCGUGCCAGAAACCAGUGACGCUUGUCGGCUCCAACACUCAGCCUCCGCCUCUUCUAGCACACUUGAGUGCACAUCGAUGUCAGGCAUCUCAAAAUGUGUGGCCAGCAAACGCAAUGGCCAAGUUUGUGCAGCCUUACUGUAUUCCUGCCUGUCUGAUGAUAAAUUUCUCCGCCACAAGCAACGACAACAGAAAGAUGGUCAUCAUCAAAUAAGUUCGAAACCGUGUUUGUUCAAUAAUGAUCCUCACCUCCAACAUCACAAUUUGCUCCAUCUGCCACCAAAAACAACAGAGCAUGCAUAAAAAUACAUCAAAGGAAGCAGGUAAUUCACAACAGCACCGCCAACAAUCAUCACCUCGGCGCACGCCAUGAACACAACCUUCCCCCACUUCCCCAACCUCGCCGCCGAGAUUCGGUGCAAGAUCUGGGAACACGCCCUGGAAUCCCACACGGAUCAUGUCAUUGCCAACGCCCCUACCCAGAUCAGCAACCAGACCGAUAGGAACGGCAACCCAGUCCCUUUGGACGACGGCGAGUCCGUCCUUGUAGUCGACUGCUUCGCCAUCCCCGCCGCGUGCCGUGAGGCCCGCGACGUCCAUCUGAGCCGCUUACGGCAGCUGCGACGCGCGUCGCGGCGCUGCUUCAAGUACGUAUCGGAGUGGUGGUACGACCCGCUGGGUGCGGGGCCGAGGGCCAUCCUGCUCCGGGGCGAGGGCGGCGAUGAUGAUGACUGCUCCGAAGUGGUCAUCUCAGGCGGGCGGUUCAGGUCUGCUGAGCACCUCGUCGCCGUUGUGGCGAUGCUUUUUGGGAACAAUCCUGAGCGUAUCACGUUGGACUUUGAGAUCAGAAGAGAGGUCUCAGAGAGGGUAUGCGUGAGCCGCUGGGUAUACUGGCCCAGAGCAAGCUUUUGGGACUUUGAUGCAGAUGCCGGAACCUCUGGUUCGGAUUCUGGAGGCAGCAGUGGGAAUAUCCUCCAGGAUGUCUUUGACCCUGUCUGGAAAAAAAUCGAGGAGGAAUUGUUGAUUGCCAGUGAAAUAGCAGAUGACUUCCCCGAGGACGACGAACGGGUGACUGAGUUGAUACCAUCGGGUGCCAACCACGUUGUUGCUCUGUAUCCGGACCUCAGCAUGCGAUGUUCCUAUGCCAUAUCUGGCAUAGACCACUUCACGGCGGUGCACCUAUUCCGGAUGCGAGACCUCUUCCACGCAGCCAGCGGCGCGCUGCCGCGGCUGUCAAGACUGGAGGUCGGCUUCGAGUUCUGCAUCUGGUUUGCGCCAGAUGACUUUGGAGGGGAAACUUGGGAUGGUCCCGACUUGUAUCAGGCGGAGUGGCUCAGACUCGGCUGCGUCCGCAAGGGAGAUCUUUACUGUUGCUGGAUGCAUGAGUGGCCGAGUUGGACGUUCAACUGGAGGUAGUUAUUGGCCAAGUAUAAGGCAACCAGAGGGAAGAUUGGCUUGACUAAACCGCGCGCUUUUGCGACUCUAGUGGCAAGCGAAUAGCUAAACAGAUCUAACUAGAACUAAUCUUGAAAAAAAGAAAAACGAAAGAAAUAUACCGCCAUUUCAUCCAUUCCCUUUUCAUCAAUCGCGACAUAAUCCAAAAAAAAAAAAAA